AUGAGCAGCCGAAUUGUCAUAACCACCCUGCUGAUCCAUUUGCUGUUACAAAGCGUUACGCCUGCACCUGUUGACCGUUCUCAGCUUCUUUCAUCGAUUCAGGAAAUUCAACGAAAGUAUGCAACGCUUGAAAAUGAAGAGCUCGCAUCCAAGGAAAAGAAUACGGUGGAGCUAGAGAAUGUAAACGACAGCAAACCGGAAGUGGACGUAGAUAACAUAGAAAAUUUGGAAUCGACUGGAGAAACUACGGAAGCUGAUGCGUCCAAAGAAGCAACUCGGAAAGCUAAGCUCAUGCAGCCAAAACUACCAGAAGACCUUAAAGCCCAAGCCACAAAGAGGAAAAACAAAAUGUUUGGCUACUUUGGCUACUAUCCGCAACCUACCUACCCACAUCCUCUAUCAUAUCCGUCAUACUACCCUCUAGAAUAUUAUGAUGAUUAUGCUUCGCUAGAAAGUUUUCCUAACGUUAACCCACUAGCAAACUUACAGAACUACCAGCAAAAUUUAGCAGCGCUACAGAGUAUGGCAGCAAUUCAGAACUUAAAACACUAUCAGUUGCCAAACGUACCGUCGACCAGUAUUCCAAAUUUAGGCAAUCUAGACAACAACCAGAUCUCACAGGACUACCAGAACUAUGGUGGAUUUUCACCCGAAGAUAGUUUACAAAAUCUAGACGAGGAAGAAAUAUUAUCCCGUACCAAUCAAGGAGUUCGCCGAAGACCCAACCAAAAAAAUUCUCCAAUUUAUUAUAUUCGUCUUCCACCAACUCCAUACAUGUUUGUUCCUGGAAUCGGUUACAUCUCGCAACCUCCAACUAUCCAACCUAUGGCGCCAGCUAUCCCACAAUAUCCCCAGUUAGUUCCACCAGUAACAAUGAGUCCAUUUUACAACCUUCCUAUAAAUUUCGUCUCCAAUGGCAAACCCUCUGGAAUCUACCAGUGGAGCGGAGCGCCAUCUCCAGCGCCAAUACCUCAACCAGCGUUUGGUUUACCAUAUCCUGGUGCUCGUCCACUCCCUCACCGUCCUGCCUUUAGGCCAAAUCCAUUUGUGCAGGACUCCAAAAUCACUCACUUGAAGGGUCCUUUCAUUUUCAAUGGCCGGCCGGAAGAAAUUUUCCUACUGCAAAAUUCCCUUAAUCCAUUCUUCCAGCCACCGAUCAAUCCAAUUAACCCUUUCAAUGGCUACUACUAG